AUGUUCUUAGAUACCAGACAAUGUGUCACUUGCCCUGCAGCUCCUCCAUCUUGCACUUGCUCAGCCGAUCAGAGCUGCAUUCAGAUAACUAGAACGUGCAAUGUCUGCCCAACAUUUACUUGUCAGGCAAAGAGCACUGCCACCUCUAGUAACAAUGGGGGUGUCAGUUCAGGCGCACUCGCAGGCGCAGUCACUGCCAUAGUUCUGGUCCUUGUAGGGGUUUUGGUACUCUAUUUCUGGUACCGUCGUCGUGCCACUGCCAAUAAGGCUCUGGAGCAAGCUCAGGAAGCCAAGGACGAAGCUCCCGCCCCUGCAGAAACAGUUCUCAAUCGUCCAGAUCCUACCGAAAAGCCGCAGCCACCGAUGCCUUCUGAACCCAAUACCGUCAGAGUGUUCAUUUCAUCUUCGCACAGCGUUAUCGACCUCGAUCCGCAGUCUCGGGGUCCAUCCGCGACCGGCACCCCUUCUCUCAAUACCCCUACUACUCAACCUAAUCCAUUUGACGAUGGUAACUCUAUACAGACUACAUCAACAGGUACAAAUGGCACAAAUGUCAUCCCUAUUGCCCUAGUAUCCCCUGGCUCUGCAUCAGCUAAUUCUAUGACACCUUCAUGGCCUUCGGGAUCUGCUGCAACUUCUUCUCCCGUCCGGCCCGCUCGGGCACCCGACUUGUCCUUGAAUGACAACGCUUCUGCAGUGUCUGAUGGAUCUUUGCGUGGUCCAAACCCGUGUUACGCACAGAGUCAGCGCUCAGGAUCGUCGAGGAUGUCAUACAUGUCAAAUGCCAGCUAUGCCAGUGAUUUCCUCAAUGAAGCACCGAUGAUUAUCACGCAAGGCCAAGGUGUUAGGCAGGUUUUGGGAGUUGUCAAAGCAGAAGUCAUCCAGACCCCAGGUCCAUCUACACCCGUAUCAUCACAUCUAUCCGUGAACAGUAUUCCGCCUGUUGCUUCUCGGCCUUCAAUUCGUUCGCCCCUUGCAGCCAGCUCUUUUGGCCCCGCUGAUGCCUUGGACGAGACAGAGGAAGAGCAAAAAUCUCCGCGCAGCGACCCGUUCGGGGAUCACCAUGAAUUUGAAGUCCACGGUGACAUCUCAAACCAGUCGCGCCCAGUCUCGGAAGUUUCUCUCCAAUUACCUCGUCUCCCGUGGUCCACUAAUAGCGGAGAGAGUCGUCCGUCCAGCGUCAGCACUCAGGCCGGGUCUAUUAUAGAUAUCAGCAGUGCCACGCGUGUCAAUGUUGGACUACUUUGCCCAAAGAACCCCGAGAAGUCGCCCAGGACAACCAUGGGUAGACUGGUAUCAUCAUCCUCGGCGCAGACCUCUCGCCAGCCAGCAUCCCUUGAGGAACAGCAGCAAUUAGCCUUGGCACACGCACACGCACAAGCCCGUGCCCAGGGCUUGGAUCGCAAGCGAAUCUCGGGUUCCUCGGUUGUUUCUGCCACCUCAACGCGGGCAGAUUCUAUCCUCGAGUCGUUCCCCUUCGUCCCCCCUUCGCCGAUCUCAUCGCUUCCUAUCCGUUCUCCGCCUCGUUCUCCUCUACACCAACGGUUCUCUGCUACACAGUCGCAGCCUCCAAUCUUUGAGGCAACACCUCUUUCACCAUCCCCUGCACAGGUACAGGAUACCACUCCUUCAGACGUGCCAGAAUCCGCAGAGACCCAACUGCCCCCGUUAGACCCCCCUCCCAGCCGCCGGACCUUGGGACUGUCCACAGCUUCUCAGGUUUCCACGGCAUCAUCUGGCCUCGGGCCAUUCCCAUUCCAGAUUGAUUCUGGAAGCAAUGAUGGUAGCACACCACCAUCUGCUUUUCAAGGACGUCAAAGAGCCAGCUUGGACACGCUUGCACUGAUGAGCGAUUUGUCUUCAUUUCCUCUUAGCUACGACCGGGAUGAACGAGAAAGCUUUUCUCAACAAAUUACAAAGGGUUGA